AUGCCUAUGCCCAAGCAACCUACUAACCUCGAAUCCACAAAACAUCACAUCACAUCACAUCACCACGACGACACCCAGAACCGACACACCAAAACACAUGCCUUCCUGAAGAUCCGCAUACCCAUCCCACCGCUCGCGAAUCCACGCUCAGUGCUGCUACCGGCAAUGUAUCCUGGCGGUAAAUUUGAGGUGACUGCACCUCUGACCAUGGGGACACUAUGGGAGCUUCAGCAGACCACACACUUUGAUCAG